GCCGCGACAACGAUUGGCCAAACAUUUGCCGGAACCCCUCACAGUGGACAGAUAAAUGCCCCUCGAAAUCCCAGUACUCAUCAAUCCUCAUUUUUAUCCUCUCCAUUGACUGGUAGACUAAUUCGUGUUGUUCCCCCUGGUGUAUGCCCUUCAAUUGUAACCUCUGAGAGUUAUUAGAAAGGUACAAUUCUGUCUCCAAGAUGCAACCCAACGACGAAACAGCCGGCACACCGGCUCUGGAAUACUCGGUCCCCGUCCAGGCAAGGCAGCUCCUUCAAGAUGGGAUCGUAAGAAACCCUUUAGUUGUGCCGAACAUCCCAAAAGAAGCAGAAGAGUACCUAUCCCGCAUUCAGUUCGAGGGUUCGGAAUCGCCGUCCCUGCCCAUCAACUGGCGGUUCGCGGAGAGUGUCUCAGCACUGAAGGGCCUGGAAGCCAUCAUGGUCUGCGCUCUACUCAAGCGCAAGCACGGAGUUGACGUAGGCGAGGUGGUAAUCAAUACAGACCACGCGCAGCUCUUCUUCAUGUCCGCGUUUCUCUGGACCAUUGACCCGGAUGGCGAAAAACUAUCCGGAAUGAGCCCGGACGACGUGGAGAAGGUGCUCAAAUACUUUCCGAGUAACAACAUCCACAGACAUCAGGCGACCCCCUAUCGAGCAGCUUGUACGAACAUAUACAAGACCAAGGACGAUAAAUACUUCCACCUCCACGCAAGCAUGAACCCCGACCCCACCCUCGAAAGCAUCGGCCUCCCCCCCGACAUGGACGCCGACACCCCCGAAGCAGCCAUGCAGCCGUACAUCGCCACCAUAUCCCAGCUCGACUCCGCGGACAUGCAACGCCGCGCCGACACAGCCCGCCAGGCCGGCACCAUCUGCUGGACCGCCGACGAGUUCCGCCGCAGCCCGCACGGCAGGGCGAACGCGCAGGUCGGCCUCUUCGAGAUCCACGCCCACGACCAGCACAAACAACCGGCCUGCUGGUGGCCGUCGUCGCCGCAGACGGCGCCGGAAAGGCCGCUUGCCGGGCUGAAGGUCGUGGACCUGACGCGGGUCAUCGCGGCGCCGGCGAUCACGCGGGGGCUGGCGGAGUUGGGGGCGAGCGUGAUGAGGGUUACGGCGGGGCAUUUGGUGGAUAUGUCGGCGCUGCAUUGUGAUCUGAACUGGGGGAAGUGGAAUUGCCAUUUGGAUUUGCGGGAGGAGGGGGAUAGGGAGAGGUUGAGGGGUUUGAUUGGGGAGGCGGAUGUGGUUGUUAGUGGGUAUCGGCCUUAUGUGCUUGACAAGUGGGGGUUUGGGGAGGAGGACGUGCUAGAGAUGUGUAAGGGGCGAGAGAGGGGGGUUGUGUAUGUCCGAGAGAACUGCUACGGGUGGCAGGGGGAGUGGGCGGGGAGAAGUGGCUGGCAGCAGAUCAGCGAUGCUUGCUGUGGCGUUUCGAUGGAAUAUGGACGGGCGAUGGGCAACGAUGAGCCGGUAACACCUGUGUUUCCGAACUCGGACUACUGCACUGGCAUUCUAGGUCUGGCUGGGAUAAUCCAGGCGCUGCUGCUCAGAGCCGAAAAGGGGGGUUCAUACACUGUCGACGUGGCACUGAACUACUAUUCCCAGUGGCUUGUAAACUCAUGCGGCGUCUACCCAGAGGCUGUCUGGAACGAGGUCUGGGGUCGGUAUGGGAAACCAGUCUUCCGACACUACCAUGCGAUGGGCCACACUCUCCCACGCUUCGCGCGCAUGCUCCAGUCGCAGCGCAAAGAUGUGCUGUUCCGGGACGAGUUCUUCGAAGUACGAGACUGCAAGAACCGAGGGGUCAAGAUCAGAGCUGUGAAGCCCAUCUUGAAGUUUCCGGGGGGAGAAGUAACGCUGGGGUACAAUGUCGGGACGAGACCAAAUGGCGUGGAUCAGCCGAGGUGGCCGGAAGACUUGAUGACGGAGGUGGUAACUUGAAGUUGAGCGGACAAAGUGCUCCUUCUCAGUUAUAGGACUAACUGUUUAAUAUUGUGCGGAAUGCGUCGAAAGCGGUUCAUUUUAGCUUUCCCAUUCCUGGGAGUGGCAACCCUUGAUUAAUUAGUGGCCGCGUCUUGACGCCUGUUACCUAGAAUUUUUGACGGCGAUGACGGCAAGCGUUCGAUGGGAAGAGAGUGACUUGUACGCCACACGACGACAGCAUAAAGCAGGGAUGAUCAAUCGUCACUCCUCGGCUAAAAAAUUCAAGAAAACAAG